GAUAGAACAUAACUCGUUGAUAGAUGUGUGCCUACUAGUGAAGAAGGAGAAAAUAUAAAAAAACAAGUACUACCAUGCGACAUGAUUACUAACCAGUGUAGUUAUAAAACUUUGUACCGUACAAAUACUUCCUUCCUUAUUUGAACUAAUUCUAAUCGUAAUAAACGUAUCGCGAAUGUCGGUGCUUUUUUUGAAUUGUUUGGUGUCCGAUGAAAACAUACGUAAAGGAUCACAGUAGCUACAAAUAAAAGUCACAAAAUAUGUUGCUGUUAUCAGCGUUGUUGUUGCUACUGCCCGUAAAUCUAAACUUCUGCGAAGGAUCCCGCAUCUUGGCUUUAUUUCCAUACCCCCUGAAAAGCCAUUUCAUAGCAUUCGACGCUCUAUUUGUAGAACUAGCCAAACGUGGUCACGAUGUAACGGUAAUGACAUCGUUCCCGAAGAAUAAAAAUAUCACCAAUUACCACGAGAUCGAUUCCAGCCACUGUCUGCACAUACCAGAUAUCUUAUUCGACGUAGGAUUCGCAUCUACCGAAUACAAGACAGCUUUCCACUUGAUAAACUUUCUGCAAGUGGUUCCAGAACUACACGAGCCUAUUUUAGCCUGUAAUCCGAUACAGGAUUUACUCAAGACUAAAGAAAAAUACGACCUUUUGAUCACCGAAGCAUUCUGCAGCGAUGCCCUGAUACCAUUCGCAUACAUAUUGGAUUUACCUCUGGUGUUAUUUUCUUCGUUACCGAUCCUACCUUGGUAUUCGGAUCGAGUUGGAAAUAUCGAUAAUCCGUCCUUCAUACAGUUUCAAUUCAGCGAUGUUUUACUGGAAUAUCAUUCGACAUUUUACCAAAGACUUUAUAAUGUGGCGACGUACGUGAUGUCGAGAAUUUGCCAUAAGUUUAUUUGGGAACCGAAGACGAACGAGUUGGUGAGGAAGUAUCUGGGAUCUGGGAUUCCUCCGGUCCAAGAGAUCGCCAAGAAUACCAGCAUGAUAUUGUCGUUUAGUCAUUUUAGUAUGAACUCGCCUAGACCUUUGGUGCCCAGCGUGGUCGAAGUGGGAGGGAUACAUAUUGAAGAUGCUGCCCCUUUGCCUAAGGAUAUCGAAAAAUUCAUCAACGAGUCCACCCACGGAGUAAUAUACUUUUGCCUGGGAUCCUUAUUGAAAGCAAAAACAAUGCCAGUUCACAUUAGACAAGCUUUUGAGGACGCUUUUCGUCAAUUACCUCAGCGAGUUUUAUGGAAAUGGGAAAACGAAACGUUGCCUAAUAAACCAGAUAACGUCAUGAUAAAAAAAUGGAUGCCCCAAAGAGAUAUUUUGGCUCAUCCUAAUAUCAAAUUAUUCAUCAGUCACGGAGGAGCUUUAGGUCUAAACGAGGCAGUUUUUGAAGGAGUUCCAAUCAUCGGAAUUCCAUUUUACGGUGAUCAAAAAAUGAAUAUAAAAACCAUCCAGGCUGCUGGAGCCGGAGAACUCUUAUGGUAUAACGACAUCACAGCUGAACACGUUUUAGAGAAAAUUAAAACUGUAUUGAAUAAUAAAAGGUACCAUGAAAAUGCUAAAAAAUUAUCGUCAGUGUUUCGCGAUCGACCAAUGUCACCCACAGAUAAUGCUGUUUUUUGGACCGAAUACGUAUUAAGACAUAAGGGAGCCCAUCAUCUCAAAACAGCUGCAACACACCUCGAAUGGUACCAAUAUUUAUUACUCGAUGUGAUAGCAUUUGUACUAGGUGCGUUAUUUGUUAGCUUUUAUUUAAUAAGAAAACUAGUUAAAUCUUUAGCUAGAGCAGUGUUCGGUAAAUCCAAAAAAACUAAGGUUAAUUGAAAGACUGAUGGCUAAGUAUAAGAAGUACUCGUAUGUAGUUGAUACGUAAAUGUGUAAUGUGAUAAUUUUUUUUUUUACUUAGUAUUUUUGUAGAGAUAUUUUCAUGUACUUUAAUUAACGUAUUUAUAGUUACCAUUUAAUGAAAAUUUAAUUCAAAUUGAUUUCAUGUAUUUUUAAAUAUUUAUAGAGAAAUUUAAUUGGAAAAUUUUUAAAUCCAUAAUGUCUUAUAUACAAUAAUAAAUUAUUCGAGUUUCGA